AUGGAGGCCAUUAUACACACCAGGGAUCUUCUCAACACUACCUUACACCAAUCAACACAAUUAGACUCGGCGAUUAACAAAACCACUGCCAAUGUCACUCGCAUCAAUCGCACUUUUCUGUCUUUGGAAUCCCGUAUCAAAAACAUGGCUUCCAAAUGUGCCAUUUUUGCCAUCUGCGACCAUGUCGAUCGUGCACUUCCACCACUUUCUGCUGUUUUCAACAUCUACCAACUAGUGGAUGAGCUCGGGAGCUUACUCUCCGCUGCCCACUCCUCUUCUGACCUCAACCUCUAUCUCUCUCUCCUCACACGAUUCCGACAGGCGCUUACCCUUCUCACCAACACUUGCAAAUUAGCAAUCCUGUGGGUGCAAGACGUCAAGCAAUUCCUCGAUAACACUGAUAUUAACGUAUUUCUGGCCGACGAUGACCUAUACCACUCCAAUGUUUGCAAGACUCUGCUUUUACUGGAGGAGUUGCAGGCAACUGAGGACCAUUCUCUUCUCGAUCAAGGAAUUCUAAGUGUUGCUUUCCAACAACUGGAACAUGAAUUUACAAAUCUUUUAAUCCAAAACACUGUGCCUCUUCAAGUUCCUUCCUCGCUUUUCUCUUCUGGCGACGAGGAAGGUGAUGUAGCCGAUCCAUCACCAGAAGCUUUGCCUUUAUAUGUUGUCCACAGCCUGAAAGCUAUUGUUGCAUGUUUUGCAUGUGACAGCCAGCUGCACCGCUGCAUGUCCAUUUACAUCAAGGUUCGGACCACAAUUGUUCAAACAAGUUUACAAGGCCUUGAUUUGGAUUAUCUCGGGAUGUCGUUAUCGGAAUUUGAUAGCGUGCAAGAGAUAGAAGGUUACAUAGAUGAAUGGGGGAGGCAUUUGGAGUUUGUAGUGAAGCAUCUGCUUGAACUGGAGUACAGGCUCUGCGACCAGGUGUUUGGCCACAACGUUCAACCAGAUGUGUGGGCAGAUUGUUUCUCCAAGAUUGCACUCCAAUCAGGAAUACAGCGUUUUAUCAAGUUCGGGAACACGAUUACAAAGGGUAAGAAAGAAGCAAUCAAGCUAUUCAAGCUGCUUGACGUCUUUGCCGCCCUCAACAAUCUGAGACAGGAUUUCAAUAGAAUUUUUGGUGGAAAACCCUGUUCAGAAAUUCAAACUCAGACCAGAAAUCUCAUUAAGAAGGUGGUCAAUGGGACUUACGAAAUUUUCUGGGAGCUCUCAGCACAAGUUGAGCUGCAAAGACUGACAGAUCCUCCUGCAGAUGGCGCAGUCCCACGACUGAUGACGUUUGUAACGGAAUAUUCCGACGAGCUGCUUGACGAUGACUACAAACCUGUACUGGAACAAGUUCUCAAAAUCCAUUCCAGUUGGUACAAUGCCGAUACAUUCACAAAGGGACUUGUUUCGGUUGAGGUUCACAACAUGGUAAAAUCACUGGAACUUAACUUAGAGACAUGGGCGAAAAGAUAUCAAGACACCGCUCUGUCUUAUAUUUUCAUGAUGAACACCAGUUGCUACCUGAGCAAACAUCUAAAGGGUACAAAGCUUGGGGAUUUAAUGGGGGAAUCGUGGUUAAAAAGACAUGAGGGUCGUGUGGAAUACUACGCAGCACUAUACUUGAGAGGGAGCUGGGGAAAGAUUCCAGCCCUGUUGAACAACAAUGACAAAAUGAUGGCAUUGGAUGAAGGAGUGAUAGCUCAGGACGUGGUCAAUAAGAGAAUCAAAGGAUUUAAUGAGGCAUUUGAUGACUUGUUUAGAAAACAAUCGGACUGGGUGUUGUGCGAUAAAAGUUUGAGAUGGAAAACUUGCCAGCUAAUAGUGGAAGCCAUAGUCCCUGUUUAUAAGAGCUACAUGCAGAAGUAUUUGGGCUUGGUGGAAGGUGGGGGUACUCCUAAUCCAAACAAGUAUGUAAAAUAUAGCGUAGAGAGCCUAGAGAAUAUGCUGACUUCCAUGUUUCAGCCGAAGUUGGGUAAAAAUGGCAGCAACACCAAGCAUACAAACAUGAUAGGUAAGAUCAAGAAUGUCGUUGCAGGUCGCUUCUCGCCAACAACUGAUAUGCAGAGGCUUCUCUCCUAA